GUCUCCAUAGAAAUAAGUAUGGUGUACCAUCUUUCCCCGGUUCUGUGUAUACUGGUAGUACCCACCCAAGGUCAUCUCCAGUUCUUCUCUCUGUUGAGAUCUAAGCACCUCUUCUGCAAAUUCAGCUGCCCACAGAUGGAAUCACUGGGAACGUUUGCCCACCUGGGACUUACUGCCCACCUGGAUCCUCUGUUCCCAUCCUCUGCCCUCCAGGAACCUACAGCAAUACCAGUGGAUUGAAACACUUGAAACAAUGUUUGGACUGUCCACCUGGGGCACCUACUCGGACAGCUGGGGUGGCACAGGAAUGGGGACCUGCAAGAUGUGUCCAGCAGGCAUGUACUGCAGUAAACCUGGCCUGGUGGUGCCCGAGGGACCUUGUCAACCAGGAUAUUAUUGUCUCCAAGGGUCCAGCAGUGCUUUCCCAGCUGGUCACCCCUUUGGUGGCCCUUGUCCUGCAGGGCAUUAUUGCCCAGCUGGCACAAAGCAACCCAGAGAAAUGCCCUGCCCAGUUGGGACAUGGAAUGAGCGGAAAGGAGGUCAGGAUCCCACCUGGUGUCUACCUUGUCCACCUGGGUUCUUCUGUAGUGGCCCUGGCCGCAUUUCGCCAACAGGACCAUGUGCUCCAGGGUUUUACUGCAAAGGCGGGACACGGACUGCUCGGCCAGUGGACAGGGCAACUGGAGAUCUGUGUCCUGAAGGCCAUUUCUGCCCUGCGGGUUCAGCAGUGCCCUCUCCAUGUCGGGACGGGGAGUACAGUGCACUGGCAGGUCGGGAGGAAUGUUUUCCCUGCCCGGCUGGCCUUUAUUGUAAAAAUGGCAUCCGGUACCAUUGCCCAGCCGGGUUUUACUGCCCGCCCAAGACUGGGGUCACCCCUCAUCCAUGCCCUCCUGGGACUUACAGCUCAUCUCCGGGUAUUGACCAAGCAGAGAGAUGCCAGCUCUGCCCUGCAGGGAUGUUCUGUGGUGAGUGGGGAUUGUCUUCUCCGACCGGCCCCUGUUUCCCAGGCUUCUUCUGCAAUUCAGGCUCCACUGUUCCAAACCCUGAUGGAAUCUCUAAUGCGAGUGCUGGGGGCCCUUGCCCACCUGGGCACUUUUGCCCAGCUGGCACCAGGACCCCUCUCCCAUGCCCACCGGGUACCUUUUCAGACAGACUGUAUCUCUCCCUUGAGAGCAGCUGCAUUGUGUGCCCGCCUGGCUAUUACUGUCUCUCUGCUGGACUCACAGCCCCCUCUGGCCUCUGCUCGCCUGGCUACUACUGUCUACCUGGAGCCAUCUCACCUUCCCCUGCAGGGCUUCCAGAACAGGGAGGGCUUUGCCCGGUGGGCCACUUUUGCCCAGAAGGGACCAGCCACCCGUUUCCCUGUCUUGCUGGAACUUAUAACAAUCUCACUAAGCAACCUGUUUGCUUCCCGUGUCCUGCUGGUUACUACUGUCCUGAAAAUACCACCGACUACAGUAGGUUCACAUGCCCGCCCGGCUUCUUCUGUCCGCAAGGAACCAAGUUUGCAACGGAAUUUCCUUGCCCUCGGGGUUAUUACAACCCGGAUCCAAUGACCCAGAGCCUGGACAGCUGUUUGCCAUGCCUCCCAGGGCAUUACUGUGGGAAGGAAAAUUUAACCACCGUUUCGGGGAAGUGUGAUGCAGGAUGGUUCUGCAUUUUGGCCGCAUGGACACCCCAGCCUUUUGAUCUGGAUAACUACACCAGUGGCAACUGUCUUUGCCCUGCCACGGCCACAGGAGCUAAAUGUUCCCCUGGGUUCUACUGCCCAGAAGGCAGCCCUGAGCCCAUUCUGUGUCCUCCAGGGUUUUACUGCAAUGCACCAGGUCUGUCUGCUCCAAGUGGUGAAUGUGCAGCUGGUUUUCAUUGUACAGGAGGAGCCUCUUCUCCUAAGCCUGUGGAUGGCGUUACAGGUAACCUCUGUCCACAAGGCGCUUACUGCCCCGCAGGGUCCUCCACGCCAACCCCUUGUCCCUCCGGCACCUUCUCCAACUUCUUAGGGUGGAGUAUGGUUUCAGACUGCCAGCUCUGUCCCUCCGGGUUUUACUGCGAAGGAUCUGGACUGAGGGCCCCUAGUGGAGAGUGCUGGGAAGGCUAUUACUGUGACAAUCGUCAGGGGCCCAUCAGCGACUUUACCCUCUACCUUUGCCCACAGGGCUACUACUGCCCACCAGGCACAAGGUGGUCCACGCAGUACAGCUGCCCUUCGGGGACAUUUGGACCCAAAGAAAAACAAAAGAAUGUUGAUGAAUGCCAAAGCUGCCCGCCAGGAAAAUUUUGCUCGUCUCCUGGCCUGGCUGCCCCAACAGGAGAUUGCACGGCAGGAUAUUGGUGCAAAACUGGUGCUCAAGUCCAUAACCCCGUGGAUGGCGUGUCUGGACAUCCUUGCCCACCUGGACAUUACUGCCUCUCAGGAACUCAUGCACCAUCUCCCUGCCCACCUGGAACCUGGUCGGAGGACAGAGGGAAUCAAAACCUCCAUAGCUGCAGGUCCUGCCCUGGAGGAUAUUACUGCAAUGGCACUGGCCUGGUGUCCCCGUCAGGACAUUGUGCACCAGGGUUUUACUGCAUUGCCGGAUCCAUCACACCAUCUCCCACAAAUGGGAUUUCAGGGGCUCCGUGUCCAGUGGACCACUUUUGUCCAUUGGGCAGUGAGAGUCCCACUCCCUGCCCUCCUGGCUCCUAUGCUGCUGAGACCCACAGGCGGGAACGGUGCCACCCCUGUCCGGAGGGAAAAUACUGCCUCCUGGGUCACUCCCUACAACUGUGUCCCGAAGGCUUCUACUGCCCUGAAGGAACAGGCUUAAACUGGCACCCCUGUCCCCCAGGAACCUACAGUCCUACCCCAGGGAUCAGCCGUAUUACUGACUGCAGAGCGUGUGAUGGAGGGAGGUUCUGCCUGUACCACAAUGCCACUGAUGUCACUGGAUUGUGUUGGGAAGGGUAUUACUGCACCCAAGCAUCAGACCGGCCUAAUCCUGACACCCACCCAAAUGGUCUGGCUGGACCGUGUCCUGCUGGCCACUACUGCCCAAGAGGAACGGCAGUUCCCCAACCAUGCCCGGUGGGGACCUCUGCCGCUGGGACGAAGCUGAGCUCUGAGGCAGAGUGCGUCCUUUGCCUGCCAGGUCACCACUGCAACACCCCGGGCCUGGCUGCCCCAACAGGACCAUGUGAAGAAGGAUUUUACUGCACCCUGGGCUCUGUGGUUCCCAACCCACCAGGCGUCGACCAGAGUGGAGGCCCCUGCCCCAAAGGUUAUUUUUGUCCCCGAGGCACGGCUACUCCACUGCCUUGCCCACCAGGGUCCUAUAAUCCUUCAGAGAGGCAAUCCAGCUGCCUUCCUUGUCUUGGCGGGUAA